AUGAUUAAUUAAGAUAAAAUUGGAUUUAUAUUAUCGAUUGACAAAGAUUGGUAAAAUAUUGUAGAAAAAUGUUAAAACAUUGAUAAUAACAUCAAAAAUAUGCAAACAAGAUUAACAUUUACAAUAGGUCAAAUAAAUAAGGAAAUUGGGAAUAGACAUAUAAUACCUGCAUUUUAAGUUGAAGAAGAAUCAAUCAAAGAGGAAACUCGUCUUCCUUCUUAAGGUGAAUCUCCACUUAAGAAACCUACUAAUUUAGCAAAGCAAGCUCAAAUUUUAGCCCCUGUCUAUUCAACCAUAAGCGAACGUUUUUAAAUUUGUAAAUUUUUGGGAAAAGGCAAAUUUAGUGAUGUAUAUCAAGCUCAAGAUAAAUAAACAAAAGUAAUUGUUGCUUUAAAAGUUAUUCCAAAAGCAACCAUUUAAAAAUAUGGAAUGGAAAAGCAAUUAUCAAAUGAAAUUAAAUUAUAAGGAUAUAUGGAUCAUCCUAAUAUCCUUAAACUUUAUGGAUACUUCUAAGAGUGGUCUAAAGUAGUCUUAAUAUUAGAAUAUGCAACUGAUGGGGAAUUAUUUAAAUUAUUAAAGAAACAACCUAAAAAAAAGUUCUCAGAAUAAGUAGUUUCAGGCUAUAUUAGAUAAAUUAUUGAAGGUAUUGGAUAUAUGCAUAGUAAAAAUAUCAUUCAUCGAGAUAUCAAACCAGAAAAUAUCUUAAUUACACAUACUUUAUUAAAAAUUGCUGAUAUGGGCUUAUCUACAUAUAACCCCACUAAUUAAGUUAGAUAAUCUUUUUGUGGUACUGUAGAUUAUAUGUCUCCUGAAAUUGCAGCAGGUAGAGAUUAUGAUCACACAGUUGACAUAUGGGCUAUUGGUAUUUUGGCAUUUGAACUUUGUACUGGAGAAACCCCUUUUUAUGAAAAGAAAAAAGAAGAUACUAUGAAUAAAAUAAUCUAUAGUAAUUUUGAAUUUCCUAAUUAUUUGAGUGAAGAGUUUAAAACUUUUGUUAAAAUCUUGGUAUAAAAAGAUCCUAAAAAAAGACCUACUAUUUAUUAAAUUAUGUAAAAUCAAUGGAUUUAAAAAUAUGAAAAAGAGAGCACAAUAUUCAAUAGAGAAUUGCUGAAUUAAAUGGUUAAAUUAUUAAAAUGA